AAUUUUGACAUUUCCUUCUGCUGCGAACUUGUGCCUUCUCGAUAAAUUCGCAAUUUUUGCGUUGUUUAGAAGGUAAAAGAUGACUUCUGUUGUUGUGAGGUCAGGGCAUUUGGCCCCCUACUUCAAAGCCACAUCCAGUGUAGUGAGCAAUGGCCUGAAGCCUCUUGUGGCUGUCCCAACAACCUCUGAGAAGUUGGUGUCUCAGCCUCUCCCGAAAACUUCGACAGUGCAAUCCCUGCAUGGAUCGCUGCCUAUUCAAGGGCUGAAGGUCAGGAGUGGACCAUCAGUGCCAACUCAGGUGCGUUUUGCGCACACUGACAUCGCCGUGCCCGACUUCACGGCGUACCGCCGCAAGGACAACCAGGACCCGACCUCCAAGCAGGCGGAGACCAGCGAUGGCCGCCACGGAUUCACUUACCUCAUUGCCGGAGGUGGUGUGAUGGCCAGCGCCUACGCAGCCAAGUCUGUGGUCACCCACUUUGUAUCUUCCAUGUCGGCCGCCGCUGAUGUGUUGGCAUUGGCCAAGAUUGAGAUCAAGCUGGCCGAGAUCCCCGAGGGCAAGUCCGUCACCUUCAAGUGGCGUGGAAAGCCGCUGUUCAUCCGACACAGGACAGCAGCCGAGAUCGCUGCCGAACAAGCUGUGGCUGUCGAAUCCCUGCGCGACCCACAACACGACAACCAGCGCACGAUCCAGCCCGAGUGGCUCGUGGUCAUCGGAGUGUGCACCCACUUGGGCUGCGUCCCUGUAGCCAACGCCGGGGACUUCGGAGGCUACUACUGCCCUUGCCACGGGAGCCACUACGACGCAUCCGGACGCAUCCGCAAAGGACCCGCCCCGCUUAACUUGGAAGUCCCUCCGGUUGCUUUCAUGGAUGAGGGAACCCUAGUUGUAGGUUAAACGUAUUUAUUCACGGUUGCGCUCAGUAAGCGAUCUUUUGCUGCGGGUUUUAGUAGUAUCGGCAGGAUAUUAUGUUAAAUGCGGUGGGAAAAGAUCGGUUGUUGGGGACAGACGGUAAUCUACUAGACAAUUUAAUUUAUGUAAGCGUAAGUGUUACUGUACGCCCAUUCUGUACAAUAGAACAUCAAAUGGAAUAAAAGAAUGUUACCUGAAA